AUUUCAUUUUAUGCUACACAAAAUCGGGAGAGUUGCGCUACUGUAUAUAUUGUGGUGCUGCUUCGACGAGGUUAGAACAUGCGAGUUUAUGGAAUGUGUGAUUUGUGAGAAUAAUUUCAGACAAUUAUUAGAAUGUUUCGAUCAACGAGGUGUUUAAUAUCAGCGCUGCAUCGCGUGAAAAGUUGUCAUUUGCACACAUGUAGUCAGCACUUGUCGGACAUCGCCGAGUAUGAAUCUCCUAUCACGGACGAAUAUAAGAAGGGUCCAAUGGAGGGUAGAUCCCUUUAUUUGGACGCCCAAGCUACUACACCACUUGAUCCUCGAGUGUUAGAUAAAAUGAUGCCAUAUCUGACAGUGUAUCAUGGCAAUCCACAUUCCAGAACUCACAUGUAUGGUUGGGAGUCAGAAACAGCAGUUGAGCAUGCUCGCCAACAAGUUGCAGAUCUUAUAGGAGCGGAUAAGAAGGAAAUAAUAUUUACAUCUGGUGCAACAGAAUGUAAUAAUAUAGCUGUAAAAGGUGUGGCAAGGUUCUAUAAAUCUAGGAAAAAUCAUGUUGUGACGACCCAGACAGAGCACAAAUGUGUACUGGAUUCAUGUAGAGCCUUGGAAGCAGAAGGAUUUGAUGUAACAUAUAUUUCUGUUAAUUCAAAUGGGCUCAUUGAUCUCAAUGAAUUAGAAGAUGCUAUUAAACCAUCUACAUCGCUUGUUUCUGUAAUGAUGGUGAAUAAUGAGAUUGGUGUUAAACAACCUAUUGAGGAAAUUGGCACCAUUUGCAGAAAGAAGAAAGUUUUUUUUCAUACAGAUGCUGCACAAGCUGUUGGCAAAGUACCAAUCGAUGUUAAUGACAUGAAUAUUGAUCUUAUGUCUAUCAGUGGUCAUAAGUUAUAUGGUCCAAAAGGGAUUGGAGCUUUAUAUGUCAGAAGAAGGCCACGAGUGCGUGUGGAACCGUUGCAAAGCGGAGGUGGACAAGAAAGAGGAAUGAGAAGCGGCACCGUACCUGCACCCUUAGUUGUAGGGUUGGGUGCCGCUUGUGAGUUAGCACAGACCGAGAUGGAUUACGAUCACAAAUACAUCAACACGCUGUCAAAUUACCUCAUUGAAAAGAUAAUGUCAAACUUAACGCACGUUGUGCGAAACGGUGAUCCUGUGGCUUGGUAUCCUGGUUGUGUGAAUCUAUCAUUUGCAUGUGUCGAAGGUGAAUCGUUAUUAAUGGCUCUAAAAGAUGUAGCGCUUAGCAGUGGUUCGGCUUGCACCAGCGCAAGCUUGGAGCCCAGUUAUGUGCUGAGAGCGAUUGGUGCUUCAGAAGAUCUAGCUCAUUCCAGUAUUAGAUUUGGCAUUGGACGAUUUACAACAUUCGAAGAAGUAAAUUUCACCGCGGAAAAUACGAUAAAACAAGUGAAGCGACUUCGGGGCAUGAGUCCAUUAUGGGAGAUGAUGGAAGAUGGUAUCGAUUUGAAAACUAUUAAUUGGACUCAGCACUAGUGCUCGUUAUUGUAUAGUCUUACAACCUGAAGUAUGUAUAGUAUGUAUAUUGAUUAAAUAUAUAAUAUCGAUCAUAAAUUACAUUAAUAAAUCAAGCUUAAUUAAGAAAUAUAAUUUUUCAUAACAUAAAUAAUAAUUUUUUAUUUAAAAGUCUUUACUGUCAUGUAUGUUAAA